AAACAAUGGGUGAAUUUCUAUGGCCUGCAUCAUGUUGAUCAGACUAGAUGUUUUUGUUGGUCCCUUAUGGCCUUAAAAUGUUUAUACACUCGCAAAUCAGCUUGAAAAUGCAUUCCUAUGAAGUAAUCUUGUGGGAAUAAAAAACCCCAGAGUCAGCAAAAGGAGAUAUAGGAAAUACAAAUCGUUACAAUGCCAAAGGAACUAAUCAUUUUUCCUCUUUGUGGACAGAUUGGCUAUAUCCAGAUUGGAACAGAACAGCUGCUAAUACAACCUGUGAAUAUCUCUGAGACCUCAUUCAGUGGAAGAGAGCACUUCAUCAGGCACAAACGAUCUUCAAAAUCCAGCCAUCCUGCUAAGUCCCCCAUGCCCAAGGAACACUGCAAAGUCGUAUCAGAAAAGAAGAGACAAAAGAAGAUGAAACCAGCCAAUGACUGGAGGGAGCGAAGAAAUGCUAUUCGGCUCACUAAUGAAUACACCGUAGAAACCCUGGUAGUGGCUGAUGCUGAUAUGGUGCAAUAUCAUGGUGCCGAGGCAGCCCAAAGAUUCAUCCUCACAGUGAUGAACAUGGUGUACAACAUGUUCCAACACCAGAGCCUCGGAAUUAAAGUCAGCAUUCGAGUGACUAAGCUUGUCCUCCUUCGAAACCGUCCUGCAAAACUGUCCAUUGGGCACCAUGGGGAGAGGUCUCUGGAGAGUUUCUGUCACUGGCAAAAUGAAGAGUACGGUGGAGCAAAGUAUCUUGGCAAUAAUCAGGUUCCUGGUGCAAGAGAUGAUACCCCUACAGUGGAUGCUGCUGUCUUUGUUACCAGGACGGAUUUCUGCGUACACAAAGAUGAACCCUGUGACACAGUGGGGAUAGCUUACCUGGGAGGUGUAUGCAGUGCCAAAAGAAAGUGUGUCUUAGCUGAAGACAAUGGUCUCAACCUGGCAUUUACCAUAGCACACGAACUUGGGCACAAUAUGGGGAUGAGCCACGAUGAUGACCAUUUGUCCUGCGCAGGAAGAUCUCACAUAAUGUCUGGAGAAUGGGUGAAGGGCAGGAACCCCAGUGACCUUUCUUGGUCUUCCUGCAGCCGUGAGGACCUUGAAAACUUCCUAAAGUCCAAGGUGAGCACCUGUUUGCUGGUAACAGACCCCCGAAGCCGGUAUGCUGUGCGGCUUCCUCACAAGCUGCCAGGGAUGCACUACAGUGCUGAUGAACAGUGCCAGAUACUCUUCGGAACCAAUGCCACUUUCUGUAAGAAUAUGGAGCAUUUGAUGUGUGCUGGGCUGUGGUGCUUGGUGGAAGGAGACACGUCUUGUAAAACUAAGCUGGAUCCCCCUCUGGAUGGCACAGAAUGUGGCGCCGACAAGUGGUGCCGAGCUGGGGAAUGCGUCAGUAAGACUCCCAUUCCGGAGCACGUGGAUGGAGACUGGAGCAUGUGGAGUCAAUGGAGCAUGUGCAGCAGGACGUGUGGCACCGGCGCCCGAUUCAGACAGCGGAAAUGCGACAAUCCCCCCCCUGGGCCAGGAGGCAAGAACUGCCGGGGAGCCAGUGUGGAGCACACCGUUUGUGAAAAUUUACCCUGCCCGAAAGGAGCACCAAGCUUCAGGGACCAGCAGUGCCAGUCUCAUGACAGAUAUACCAACAAGAAGAAAAGCCUCUUGACAGCUGUCAUCAUUGAUGAUAAGCCGUGUGAACUCUUCUGCUCUCCUCUGGGGAAGGAGUCCCCUGUGCUGGUGGCAGACAGGGUCCUUGAUGGCACUCCGUGUGGGCCUUAUGAGACUGACCUCUGCGUACAUGGCAAGUGCCAGAAAAUCGGCUGCGAUGGGAUCAUUGGCUCAGCCGCCAAAGAGGACCGCUGCGGAAUCUGCAAUGGAGACGGCAAAACCUGUAAAGUGGUGAAAGGAGACUUCAACCACACCAAGGGGAUGGUAACCCAUAGUCAUUGUAAGAAGGUUUCCACGUGUGUGAUGGCAAAGGCAAAGGCUGUUCCCAAGUGUUUCUCGUGUUACAUAGAAGCCGCUGUCAUCCCUGCGGGUGCUCGACGGAUCCGAGUGGUUGAGGAUAAACCUGCCCACAGUUUUCUGGCUUUAAAAGAUUCCAGUAAGAGAUCCAUUAACAGCGACUGGAAAAUUGAGCUUCCUGGUGAGUUUCAGAUCGCAGGAACUACUGUCCGGUACGUGCGAAGGGGUCUAUGGGAGAAAAUGUCUGCCAAAGGACCAACUAAAAUACCACUGCACUUGAUGGUGCUGUUAUUUCACGACCAAAACUAUGGAAUUCAUUAUGAAUACACCAUUCCUGUAAACUAUACCGCUGAAAACAGAAGCGAGCCAGAAAAACAACAGGAUUCUUUGUACAUCUGGACACACAGCGGAUGGGAAGGAUGCAGUGUGCAGUGUGGAGGAGGGGAGCGUAAAACCAUUGUGUCCUGUACAAGGAUCAUCAACAAGACCAUGAUGCUGGUGAAUGACAGUGACUGCCAGCGUGUGAUGCGCCCUGAACCCCAAGUUAGAAGAUGUAACACACAUCCCUGCCAGUCACGGUGGGUGGCAGGCCCUUGGAGUUCUUGCUCUGCCACCUGUGAGAAAGGCAUCCAGCACCGGGAAGUGACUUGUGUUUACCAGCUGCAGAAUGGCACCUAUGUUAACACCAGAGACUUCUACUGCCUUGGCAACAAACCCACACCAAUACAAAGCUGUGAAGGCCAGGACUGCCUUUCGAUAUGGGAGGCAUCAGAAUGGUCCAAGUGCUCAGCAGAUUGCGGUAGGGGAACCCACAAGAGAACAGUAACCUGCACAAACUCUCAAGGGAAAUGUGAUGCAGCCACCAGGCCGAAAGAGGAGGAAGAGUGUGAGGACCACACAGGCUGUUAUGAGUGGAAAACAGGGGACUGGUCUAAGUGCUCCUCAACAUGCGGGAAGGGCCUCCAGUCACGUGUGGUGCAGUGCAUGCACAAAGUCACCGGCCGCCAUGGCAACGAAUGCCUCAUCCUCUCCAAGCCAGCAGCCUACAGGCAGUGCCACCAAGAGGCCUGCAAUGAGAAGAUAAACGUCAACACAAUUACCUCGCCCAGACUUGCUGCUCUCACAUACAAGUGCACAGGGGACCAGUGGACAGUGUACUGCAGGGUGAUCCGGGAGAAGAACCUGUGCCAGGACAUGAGAUGGUACCAACGCUGCUGCCAGACAUGCAGAGACUUUUACGCAAAUAAGAUGCUGCAGAAGAGUUAAUGAAUCGGUGCUGCUUCUUAGGGUAUCCCAGCCAUUUGUAUGUAAAUCACAGACUAGUAGGGUCUGAGUACUGGAAUUACAAAGUGGUGGAUUCCAAAGCAUAUCAAAUGAGACUUGAAACAAAUUCUGCAGACUGGCAGUACCAAAGGCAUCCGCUCGUCCACCUUACGAAAGAAUCAUCUCAAGGAGCCAAUCGCAUAGAAUUUUAUUGUGUUUUGACAUCAUUACGUUUUUCAUUAAUGCUUUUUACUUUAAUAUAUUACCAGCCACUGGAUGGCUCGCUACCAUUUUGAAGAGGAAAAAAAAAAAAGGACGAGAGUUGUAAAGUGAUUAAAUUGACUAAGGUCAUGUGUACCUCAGUGGGGGAAAGCCUCUGGCAAAUAACUCAGCAAACGUGCAGACAUUACUUAAUACUGCAGCCUUGGCUUCCAUCGCAGGCUCUUAAUUCCCAGCAGUUAGCAUGCUGCGGGGUGGGCUUGGAGGGACGCACACAAAUGAAAUGCUUAAUUUAAAAGGGGGAUUUGCUAUAAAAGCUUGUGAAAACCGAUAGCAGAGGAUGGAUGUCUCUGAAAUUUCUGCAGAAAGCUCAGAGCAGUUUUAUCCAACAUUCCAUUUAAUGUAAUUUUAAAAAAAACUAAUUGGGAAUUCCUUCUCCUGUCUGGUUCUGCAAACAUACCCUCCUCUCUCUUUUUUAAAAACACAUAUGCUUUCUUUUAUGAUGCCUUAGUCUCCUCAAAGAGUUUAAAGAAAUGGAAGCUAAUUAACCUAAGAGCAGAAAGUUAAUUUUAAGCCAGAACCACAUGCAUGAGAGGGAAAUAGCUGGAAAUCAUUUGAAUAUAGAGGGUUUGUUGGAGAGGAGUUGCUUGACCUCCUCUUUCCAAUUUUUUGGGAUUCAGUCUGAGGGUGAGACAGAAUGCUGUUUCUUACGGGUACUGUGAAACCAGCUAGUGUUGCACAUACCAGAAAGAGAGCUCAGAAUAGCACUUGAAGAGGGUGACUGAGAGACCAAAUGGACCUUUCCCCUCUCUGAGGCGUAUAAAGCAUAAAUCCUUUUGGUAUAGAAAGAGAGCAGUGAGUAGACUUUCAGGGUAAAAUUCUGGGCUAAUUGAAGCCAAAACUCCUGUUGUCUUCAGUAGGGCCAGGGUUUCACACUCAAUCUUGUCUCCUUUGCUUUGUUGCCCGGUGUUCUUUUUAUCAGGACACUUGGAAAGUGCUGUGCAAACAGCAGAAUGUGGUUCCCUGAAUGUUACAGCACACAGUUCAAUGUAGCUCUGCCAUAUCUAACUCAGACGUGUAUCCUUUUCCCUCGCUAAGCUCUGCUGCCAUGCAUGCUGUGGGGAGGUGGCAUUUAGGCGCUGAGACAUCAGCAGGGCCAGAAAGGUGAAUUAUAGCUUCAUACUCACUCAAGAGACACAUAUUAAUAUUUAUGCUGUGGAAAUGGACACAGGAGAAGAUCCAGUCCCCUUGCUGAACAUUGGGGAAGUCUGGAUGGGAAUGUGAGCAUUGCGGCUCAUGCCUCUCUCUUGUGUUAUUGCUAUUAUUGUUUUGCUCUCACAGGCUAAGGGAUAAAGGCAUUUAGUACUUACGAUUUUUAAACAUCUUUUUCUCACUUAUUAAGAAUGUGCCAGGAUCCAGGAACUCGGUGAAAUAAUUCGUUAUGGUUUAUUAAGAGCUGAGCUUUCAGACAUCAGACUCUAACUUCCAUCUGCAGACUGGUAACUGCAUUGGCAUCCACAUUUGCAGGGGCAGAAUGUGUGUCUGCUUGUGCAACUGCACGUUCGUGCAGCCAAGCGCCUUGAGCAUGCUGAAAGGCACAUGGUAUCUGUAAGUGCUUGGCCCUAAGAGAGCUAUAUUCACAUAGAUGUGCCAGGGAAACGGUUCUAAAUUGGUAGCUGUUGUUAUACCGGUGGCCAGGCCUGCUGAUGGGGGGGCUUAAGGGGCAAUUGUCCUGGGGCCUGACAAUCCAGUGGCCUGAGCCCUGGGCACUUUACAUCGCCACCAGAGCACCAGGCAUGCUCUGGCUGGCUCUGAGGGUCAGCUGGGGGAUGAGGAGAGGGCACUGCACAUUCCGGGCAGUGCUGAGGGCUGGCUGCCCCAACCCCGCCCCUUUACCCAAUGCCCCGCCCCUUCCAAGAGUAUAGAACCAGGCACCUCGCCCUUUCCCCACAUUGCCCAGGACCCCAACAGUCCUGUUGGCUGCCCUGCUGGUGGCACUUUUGCUAAAUUCCUUUUAAAAUCUGAAUCAAACCUUUUCCUCAUGCUUCUAACCCAGGGUCCAAAUUCAGAGGAGGCAUAGAUAGUUAUGUUACAUUAUCCAGUAGCGUAAUUCCUAUAAAAUGGUGUUGUUAAUGGUGAAAGAGAGGUGGGAGAGAAUGUCGCUGGUUGAUCCCAUGGUGUGAAAAACAAAAUUAACAGAGUAGGUAGAUAAGCAAGUAACGAGAGAGUGCACGGAGGUAUCAGAUAAAGCAGAGAGCGCCAACUUUAUCGUAAGACCUGCUAGUAGCUUUUCCUAGCAUACUCUUCCCAUCCAGUCCCUUAAGAUGUACCUUUCCCCCAGCCCGUUGACACACACUUCUCUCCGCCAUUCAUGGCCCCCGUUGUAACGUGAUUUGUGUCCCCGUUAGGGGUUUGGUGUUUUCUUAACGGAUGACAUUUCAGCUCACGAAGUGGCUUGACUGUGAAAUGCCACAUCCUAGCAUGUCGUUUACAACAGCACGUUGCUCGUGUUGGAGGUCAUGCUGUUGUGGGAUUUACCUCAGACCCCUUCAUUCUCUUCCGAGUGGUAAGGAAUGGGUUUCUUAAGUAGUGGGAAUUUUUUCACCUCCUCAGGGCCCUAUCUAGUCAAUAGAAAGACUCCCAGUGAUGUCCAUGUGGGUCAGGCCCCAAGUUUUCAUCCCUGCAGUGGCACAUGAAUCUGCUAGCUUAAUGGAAGGAUUUCUUUUGAAUGUGCAAAAAUCGCCAGGCCAAGCUGUGCCGUUCAUUUCUGAGCAGAAAUACUCAUGGCUUAAAAACGGAUGACACAAGAAACCCCCCCUUUGUAUUACUUGAUCUGCUGAUUACUCUAAAUCCCCUCCCAUUUAGUAAUGGCCCAAAAUAGCAACAAUGUUUAAUUCUGCACUUUUGCUUUAUAUCAUUUUAUAGGUGCUUUUACUAUGAAUUUACAGCUAUGCUCUGUCCUCAUUUUCUGCAUACCAGUGGAAAAGAAAGCUGUUUAUUUCAGUGUAGCCAUGGCGGUAUUUUUGUUGUUGUUCAUAAGAGACUGAUACUCUUUGUGGUGGUAUUUCCAUAGUGUAAACAACACUCUUUGUACUGUUCCUAAAGUACUGUACAUUUCUAGUUGCACAAUUGUGUUACUGAGUAUAGAUUCUCACUAUCUUAUGUAUGGUGCUAUUUUUUGUGUUGUUGGUGGAAAAGAAAUCUUAGCAGUUGUUUAUUGCUUGAUAUUUUAUUAUAAUACAGGGAUAUAUCCUCUAUGGCAAUAAUAUCAUUUAAGGUUUUCAUUACAGAGUGAAAUGUAUAUAUUUUUCCAUUAGUUAAAUUACCUAUGUACUGUAUCCAUGUUUUAAAAAAAAAAAUGUGCUGGCUAUAAAUAGGAAAAAAAACCUAGUCAAGCAGAAUGGAACUAAUUGUAAAUGAAAAUCAAAAAGAAAAGGUUGUUCCAUUUUGAAAGAGAUUGAGUAGAUUUAAUAAUAAAUUAAUGUUUUCCAUAACAAUCUUACAAAGUUUAUGAACUUGAAAAAAAUGCAAAGCAAAACCAAACAGCUAACUGUGAAAAUAAAGAAGUAGUAAGUCUGUAAGUAAUGCAUGGUGCAUCUGUCUAAUACUUGACUGAGACUUGGAUUCAGAUGAGUCCAGGACCCACCAUUGACAACUGUGGUCGGUGUAAAAGGUCAUUUGUCAGUGAAAUACUGGCUGCUUGGGGUUCCCAGUGUGCUAACAAAUCAUGAACUGAUGGGUCUCGUCCCAAUGUGGUUGCAAAAUAACAUACAGGGAAUGUUAAUAUGUAGCUAAUGCCAAGUGAGUUCUUUGGUCGAUGACACAACAGCAGAAAAUGCCUGGCUGGAAAAACUGAUCUAGGCUCCAUUGGGGGAACGCUACAUAGGUUUUAGGAGGCUAUGGGGAGGGUAAAGCUUUUGCAUGGGAGCAGGGGGGGUUAUAAGUGCAUUUCAGAGAAUUUUCUUUCAAUGUAUAUUAGAGUCAACGUGAACGGCAGCCAUACCGGAUGUUUAAUGGCAACUGCAGUGCGAAAGCAGCCUAAUGAUGAAGGUUGCUGAAGUUGUGGAAAUUAUAUUGGAGUAAAAACUGUCCAAACCCUUUGAAAGGUACCUAGGUAACUUAAGUGGCACUCUUCCUGGGGGUGAAUAAACAGAAUUAUUCAAAGUGGAGCAGUUUCAGAUGUGUUUGUUGUAGACACAAGAAAUAACGAAGUAUUUUUUAAUGGAUGGAAGAAAUGGACAGAACAAACCCACAAACGAGUCACAAUAAAAAUGUAGAAGGUGUUUAUGAAAGGAAGUGAAAACCCUUCAAAAUAAAGCAAGCCUCCUCCGCCCAGACUCUCUUCUUAUUUUUCUUUCUGCUUCCCUCCCUUGCCCCCUGCAGCAAUUUACAGCCACUCUCUGUCCCCUGUCUAAACUUAUUUCUUUACAUUUUAUUAAA